CCUUCCCAUGGCAGUUGUGGUUGCCUUUACCUUCUGGGAUGACUCCAUGGUUUUCAUACUCAUCCAGUUUCCGGACUAUGGGGUUCUGGCAGCCGUACAGCGCACGAAGGUGGCAGGCGGUGCUGGCGCGUUGGGAGGUCUGAAGGGACCUGAAGAACUGGUGGUACUCAUCAUUGGAGAGUGGUGUGCCCAGUUGCUGUGCCUUUCCAACCCAAGGGCCAGCAGCGCGGCCCCAACCUGACAGCACUGGUGAGAAAUGAAAGGCAGGGGGGUAGGAGGAGGAAAUGCUAACCAUGGCACGCUCAGAAGAGCUGUCAGGGUGAACCCAGACCUCUGUUGUCUUGUCUGGAUGCGAGGUCCAGAACAGUGCUGUGAGAGGGUAAAAACUGAGGUUGAGGCAUGGAGGGGACCAGCUCUGCCCAUACUAACAGGGAUGUAGUAUUCUGGUGACAGUAUGUGGCUGAGGGGCCUUCACCAAAAUCUCUGGAGAUUGAAAUCCUGAGCUGGGAGGAAGGUCUGGGAAGUCAUGGCUGGUACUGAGAAUGCAGCUUUGCUAUGAAACUUGGAGCAGGGAGGUGGAUUCCUUUCAAGACUUUUGUGUCUGCAAAUUCUCUUUGUCUUUUAAGUGUGUGACCUCUUGAGUUAAUGCAGUGUAUCACAACAGGUAUGGAUAUGCCCUUAAAAUGGUCCAAGAAUUCACUGAACCCAUGUGCAAAACAUAAAGCCAAUUCUUCCCUGCAAAGAACAUUAUGAAAGCUGGCGAUAUCAGACAUUUGGAGGCUAGAUGAGCCCAAAUAAAAGUGCCAUGUGCAAUCUUAGUUUCAUCUCCUUAUGCAUAUGCUUUGUAUCCAUUAUUUAAGUCCACAGCAAGCUACUCUUCUUUCCUUAGGACUUCAGUGUCCCUUCAUUAUGGAGACUUGACCUGUCCCACAUGGGGAAGUAAAAUUGUAAGAUAGACUUGUGCUGCAUUCAGGAUAUCUGCCUCAUUUCCCACAGGGGUACGGAAGAAGGAAGCAGGAAGAAGCUGGAAGAGGAAGGGUAGUUUUGUGGGCGUUGUGCUAAGAAGUAGAUUUUAUACCUGGCUACACCACAGAGGCUUCUGUGUGAUGCUGGGUUAGUGCCAGGCUUCUCAGUGUGGUGCUGAUGGAAUUUUGCUUACCUUGUGUGUUGCCAUUUAUAUGAAGGCUGAGGUCUCCUAGAGCUUUGGAGUCUGCAUGUGCUGUAUUUUGAAUGCAAGUGCUACAUAGCAUCUACUCUGAGAAGACAGGGCUGAAACAUCUCUCAAACUGAGAUUCUGAAAGUAGUGGGUAUUUUUAACUUUAAUCCUUCUCUGCCCUCAUUUUGCUAUUUGCAAAAUCACUACAAAUGAAUUAACAGCUGUGAAGCACUAGAAUGUAGAGUGUAUAGAAAGUUCACAAGGAAGAGAGUCAUUUGAAUGGGAUCUGCACAUAAAUCAAGCACAGAACAAUAAGAAUGACUGCUUACUGAACAGCUGCUCAUUGCAAAGGCAUUGUCCAUCCCAGGACUAAAACAGCCAAAAUCAUGUGAAAAGAAGAUAAGCAAGAGCUGUGUUGCUGUGUGCACAGAGGGAACAAAUCAGGAGUUGCAAAAUGAAUGCAAUUUAGGGAUGAGGUAAACGUUCUUUUUGAUGUUGCCACCUCUGUAGUCUGUUAAUCUUUGUCUUCUUUUUUCUUGUAAAGGCAAACUUAAACAUUUCUACAUGGCUUCUAUCUUGUUAGGAUCUCUGCCUUCUUAUUAACAUCUGUGUGCCUGUAGAUGCAGUGUGAUCAAAUAAAAGUGUGUAACUUCCCCCUUGAACUGACCAUAGAGGUUACUGAGCCUUCUGUGAAACAGAACAGAAUGAGACACAGCAAAGUGACUGUAGAAAUCUACAGAAAGUGGGGGAAUGAGGAAACCAGGAAAUACGGGACUCUCCCAUAUCCUCUCACUAGGAUGUAGGCUGAUAGGCCAUGUCUUUCUGUCCAUUUCUUCCAACUCUAAAACCUUCUGUUUGCCUUUAACCAAGGUCAUCUCUCACAUCUCCCUCUGCCUCCCGUACCUCCUCAUCUGGCCAUUUCUUCCCUUCUUGGCUGGUUGUUUGAGCCCAAGUCUCUGCUCUCAUUUCUGAUCUGUGUGCCAAGCUGUGUCACAUCUCCAGACUCCACCCCUGCUCCAGCCUCUGCUCAGGUGUGUCCAGCUCCAAGUCCUUCCUCCCUCAGCUCAGUCCCUCCCUGUCUCUCCUUGAUGAAUAACAUACCAACUCCAGUGUAUAAAGACUGGUAAAACUGUAAGCAUCUGAGAUCUGUGUAUUGAUGUUUUUUGGGGGUGCCCUUUUCUCUUCAUCUCGCCUCCAGUGUGCCCACACUGGAGUACACCAGGGGUGAGGAGGCAAAGAGCAGCCAGGUGAGCCAUCCUUCCUCACACCCUGACCUGAAGGAGAGACAUUUUCUACUCACUGAUCAGAACCAGGAGAGCCUGCAUGACUGACAUAGCACUGUCCUGCCUGAGCUGGGCUAUCACCUGCCCGUGUCCUCCCUCCUGUACCGGGGGUGCUGGGACAGGCAGUGGGGAGCACAGCACGCUUCCCUUGUUUCUGGUGGUGAUGUGUGGUGUCAUAGACACCUUCGUUCUUUGCUCUGUUGUCCCUUGCUUCCGUUGUUCCCCACUUCCGUGCACCCAACAGCAGCUGUGGCAGAUAUAUGUCCUCCCUAUUACUGCUUAACUGAAGGUUGGCACAGUGGCUCCCUGUGCCAGCUGUGUCAUGGGGCUGUCCCUUUGGGCCUCUGCCCAUCAUGUCAGGAGCUCAGUGCAGCUCAUCUCCUUCCUCCUUUGUCUCACUGAUGUCUCAUCAGCCACGAUGUUGCCUAAGUACAUGGCACUGUCCAGGCAUGGCUGACCAGCACCUUGUCCCCACCUGGGUACUCAGUAGUGUUUCAGGCUUCCCACCUUUUUUAUGGCAGUCAUCAAGCAGUAAUGCUUUUCUGCCACAUUCUCAGCUCUGCAAAAAAUAAUCUCUCUUCUGUAUCUGCUUUUUUCUUCUGCAGGUGCUCACCAUCUUGGGAUGCAUAUUGACCGUCUGUUUGGAGCUCCUCUUGAAUGAUAGCAGAAAGGGACUGAAGCAGAAAGUGGUUUUCCUCUCCUAAAAGCAUCAGGAUGUCUCAGCAGGGUCAGGCCUACCUGCUGCCUUGUAUGUUGAAUGGGGAAACGUGGGGAGGGAGGGCUCAGCUUCCCUGCCGUGUUCCAGUGGCAUGAUGCGAAGUCAUGUAACUGAAAUGAUGCAAUGCCAUUGCAGAGUUAGUAUUUACAUGCACAGUUUUUAAGCAUCUUCUUUCUCCAACGUGUACCUUUCUGGCUGUUCAGAAUUCAGCAUCUUAAAAUGCCACAGUGUGCUGCACAAAUGCAACACAGAGCUAAAUAGGUGACCUAAUUUUCCAUCCUACAAAACCCACUCGUACGCUGUACUUCUGCUCUGAAGAAAAAGUCCUUGUAUGUUGGCACUCAAAACUGCCCAAUCCAAAUGAUGUCAGUGCUCACACACACACGUGUGUAGCUGCAUUUUUCAGCUCAUCUCCAGCCCUGGGCUCUGUCAGGAAUGAGGCAGCCACAGUGUCAUUAUGCUGAACAGGAUGGGAAGUUCUGCCUUUGGUCUGCUAUUGCUGCUGCUGAUGUGUGAACAGAUCAAAAUCCCUCCCUCAGCCCUCCCUCAGCCUGGCUGAGUCACCGAGCAAAUCCUCCUCCAUGGAAGCAAUGGAGAAGACUCUAGGCAGAUGCAGAAAGCAACGCAUGUGUGCGGGCAGCAUUUUCCCUCUGCUUCAGCAGGACUGUACUGUGUUCAUAUUUAACACACCAGGAGGAAAGUUGACAGGGAGAAAAUGGCUUCAGGCUUCUCUGUUUUCUGUACAGAACUCAGCAAGCUGACAGGCAGCUCUCAGUAGUAUGUGCAGCCAACCCCGUCUUUGCUGUGUGAGUGGCCCUGGCUAGCAGACCCCACCAGCAGUGUCACAGUGUGUGGCAGAACAUCAGUAACCCUGACUUGUGCUUCUGAGCAUUAUUUUAUAUCUGGCCUAGGAUGCUUUCAUUUCCUAAAUCUCAUUCUCAACACUGCUACUAGAACUGAUGGUAUUUGUUACAUCUGUUUUCCCUCUCUGAUCAGGAGCUGCUGUCCCUGACUUUUCUUUAACCUCGUGGGCAGAGUGAAGAGAAACAGCACUGUGUCCACGAGGAACUGAACUCUGAAACAGUGGAGGUACUGCUCAAAAGGUGGCCAGACCAUGGGUGACAUACAGAAGGCUCAAUCUCAUCAGGAAAAGCCUGCGAGAGCUGACUUGCACCCGUUCAUCUCCAGAAGGCCCACUACAGGUACUCUGCAGGACUCUGAUGAAAGACCAGACUGCAAGCAGGAGCUGGAGAUGGAAAAUGAGGUGAAGCUGUCUUUUGUAAAGAGGCAGGGAAAGGGAGCUGUCAUGGCAGUGUGGGAUUGCGAAGGUGAUGGCACUCCAAUUGGCAAGGUGGUCCUUGCUGGGGACAGGCCAGACCCUCCAGUGUGUGGGAACAGCACCAUUUGGAUUCAGCAGGUGGGAGAGAAAACCUACGAGUGUCCCGAAUGUGGGAAGAACUUCAGCCGGAGCUCGUAUCUCAGCCAGCACCAGAGGAUCCACCUGGCAGAGAAACCCUUCAGCUGCUCUGAAUGUGGGAAGAGUUUCACCCGCAACUCGGACCUGAUCAAACACCAGCGGAUCCACACAGGAGAGAAGCCCUACCAGUGCAACGAGUGUGAGAAGACCUUCAGCCAGAGGUCCAACGUGAUCAGGCACCAGCGGACCCACACUGGAGAGAGACACUACCAGUGCAAUGAGUGCGGGAAGAGCUUCAGCCAGAACUCGCAUCUCAUCGUCCAUCAGAGAAGCCACAAAGGAGAGAAACCAUUUCAUUGCCCCCGGUGUGAGAAAAGCUUCAGCGACCGCUCCUCCCUUAUCAUACACCGGAGGGUCCACACUGGAGAGAAGCCCCACAAGUGCCAGGUAUGCGGGAAACAUUUUCGAGACAGCUCAGCCAUCAUUCGGCAUCACAGGAUCCACACGGGAGAGAAACCCUAUAAGUGCACCGAAUGUGGGAAAACCUUCCGCCAGAGCUCCUCGCUGGUGACCCACAUGCGGACGCAUACAGGCGAGAAACCCUACAAAUGCCCUGUGUGUGGGAAAAGCUUUAGCCAGAGCUCAGCACUCACCACGCAUCGCCGCAUCCACGGGGGAGAGGUGUUGCCCCUGUACCAUGGCAGCCUCUUGGCCAGCCCCUACCAGUGCGCUGAGUGCGGCAGGCGGUGCAGCGACCAACCCACUCUCAUCAAGCACCAGACCACGCAUGUGGAGGAGCGGCCCUACAUCUGCGUGGAGUGUGGGGACAGCUUCCGUCGGAGCUCAGCACUCAAUGUCCACUUGAGGAUCCACCGUGGGGAGAGACCCUACAAGUGUGAGGAAUGUGGGAAAACCUUCCGGCAUAGCUCAGCUUUGGGUGCACACUUGAGGAUUCAUGCGGGAUCCAAGCCCUACGAGUGCGCUGAGUGUGGGAAAAGCUUCCGGAAAAGCUCGACGCUUAAAGUGCAUCUGAAAAUCCAUGUGGUCAAGAAGCCUUAUAAAUGUACCGUGGGUAGGAGGACUCUCUCUUCCUGUUCUCUUCUCCCAUAGGGUUGGUUGGAGCAGAAAAUGAGCAGAAUUUGAUUGUAUCUGAGGGCGCGUGAAAAACAUAGGUACUGAGAAUUACAGUGGCAAAAGGCUAAGGAGACACCGUAGCAGCUCUGGGUGCUUAACCCCAGUGGUAUGUUAAGUUAUGAGGUCAGGGAGCUCAUCCUAGGAACUGCGUACUGGCAGUUAAAAAGAGUACUGAGAGCUGAGGGGAGACCAAGUUCUGUGUAAUUUGGGGACUGUGAGUAUGUGGUAGAAUACAAGCAGAAGAAUUGGGCUUUUAAAAUAACUUUUCAACAAAGUGGAAGAUCAAAUUUAAAAGGUCCAAGUUGGAUCUCAUUCAAAACUCUAGCUCGUUAGGCACUGCAGUAGACUUAGAAACUCAUAUUUUCCAUUAAAUAUGGUGAGUUGACCCCGUAUUUGAGCAGGCACUUCCAAUUCCUUGAGUCCAAAACUGAGGAGCUGAACCUCAACCCGUUCUGUUUUUCAAUCCUCUGUUCCAAAUCCUACAUGGGACGAUGAAUUCCUACCUCCAUACACAACAUCUGGGUGACAAAAUGGCCGAGUAAAGCGAAACUGACAGAAGACUUGGACGUGCAAGCGUAGCCAGUUGGAACACUGCCCAUCACCGGUGUUGGGCAGCUUUGUCCUCCUUGUUUUUUUAACGCCUUCCUGUUAGGGACAUCAACAAAACGUGGGCAAAACAGUGGCCUUACAUUGUUUAACCAAAAAAAAAAACAACAAAAAAAGGGUUCCCCCUAGAUGUGUGUGUUAUUCUUAGCACGUAUGAUAGGUUCCUACUGGUAGGCAGGAGACUGUUUGCAAUUUUGUAGUCCUUUAUGUGAGAGAACUCUUCUUCAGCUCCCUGCUGUUUGUGCUUUAGUAAUAUGUAAAGCUCGGUGUUAAGUUAGGAAUUCGAGCUUUAGGUUAGGAAUUCCUAUAUUACACGUAGUGCUGUGGCAAUGACUGCAUUACAGAAACCUCCUCUGUAUUGCUGUGUUUUGUUACGAGGGAUGUGUUUCCAUCCUAAAUAAACUUUUUCUUUUUUUUUU